AUGCUCACUCGACGAUGGUUCAGCUUCAUGGCGGAAAAGGAAAAAACAUUUCUUCAUCUUGAGCAAUUCUGGUAUGGAGAUGAGCACAAGUUAGCUGGGUUUUCUGCUACAUUGCAGGCGAUUGUUUCUUUUGUUGAGAACAGUGCUGACCAUAUCAAAUUUGUGAGAGCCGGAAAACAUCAGAUAGUUUUCCUUGUCAAAGGUCCUAUAUAUUUAGUUUGUAUAAGCUCCACCGAAGAGUCAUUUGAAGGAUUGAGGGGACAACUAGAGCUCAUGCAUGGUCAGGUGUUGCUUAUUUUGACAAAGUCGGUCAACAGGUGCUUUGAGAAGAAUCCCAAAUUUGAUAUGGCACCACUUUUAGGUGGCACAGAUGUGGUUUUCCGAUCUCUUAUACAUGCGUGCAGCUGGAAUCCUGCUACAUUUCUUCAUGCAUACACAUGCCUUCCCCUCGCCCAAGCAACAAGACAGGCUGCUAGCGCAGCUUUGCAGGACAUUGCUGAUUCAGGAGUUCUAUUUGCACUAUUGAUGUGUGAUCACAAGGUUAUUAGUCUUGUGGGAUUGCAAAAUGCAACUUUGCAUCCUGAUGAUAUAUUACUACUUGCAAAUUUCAUAUUGUCCUCCGAAUCUUUUAGGACUUCGGAGUCUUUUUCACCCAUAUGCUUGCCAAGAUACAGUCCUAUGGCCUACCUAUACGCUUAUGUUCAUUUUUUUGAUGAAAAUACUUACUUGACUCUUCUUACUCCGAGAUCAGAUGCCUUCUAUGAUUUGAAAGAUUCAAGGGCCCGUAUUCAGGAUGUUCUAUUGAAAUCGAAUGUCCUUCUUGAAGUACAAAGGUCUUUACAUGAAAAUGUACUUCGUGUUGAAGAUGUCCCUAUUGAUCUUUCUUCUCAAUUUACAUCAGCUCCUGCACAGUCUUCUCAAGGCCUAAAUUCUCAACCGUUGUCUUCUGAUGAGGCAAUUGGUGGACCAGCUGGGCUGUGGCAUUUUAUAUACAAAAGUGUUUAUCUUGACCAGUAUGUAUCAUCUGAGUUUGCCUUGCCUAUAAGAAAUCCAAAGCAACAGAAGAGAUUGUACAAGGCUUAUCAAAAGGUUUAUGCUUCCAUGCAUGAUAAAGCAACUGGUCCACACAGAACUCAAUUCAGAAAAGAUGAGGAUUAUGACCUAAGCCAUCAGGAUAUGCAACAGAGUAUGCCAGUGGAUCAUGGAUCUCCAAGACCGAGUGUUCAUACACGGAGAAAGCACCAUUGCCUGGUGAUAUUUUGUCUUGCAAUACCAUCACUGUUGGGGAGAUGUAUGAGGUUUCACUCUCUCUUUAACACUAUUACAAAUGUAAAUGUGCCCCCUUUUUUAUUCAUGAUCAUUGUUCAGGCCAAGUUAAGGCCGUUUUUGUCUCUCUUUAACAUUAUUCAUGAUCAUGGGCGAUCUUGUCGAUGCUGCGAUCCAUCGGGCACCAUUUCUUAUUUCUAUGUAUACUUGGUCUGUAACCUUCUAAUUCCCCAUGGAAUCCAAAUUAAUACUUCCUCUGUUUCUAAAUGUAAGUUUUUUUAGACAUUUCAAAUGGACAACAACAUAUAGAUGUAUGUAGACAUAUUUUGGAGUUUAGAUUCAUUCAUUUUGCUUCGUAUGUAGUCACUUGUUGGAAUC